CAGUUGCAACGUAAGCUUAGAGGGAACGAUGCUGUCAGUGGGUUAAGGUCAGGACUCUGUCGACCAAUUCAUGUAUGAAAAUGAUUUCUCAUGCUCCCUGGAUCACUUUUUCAUCUUGCCAUUGUCAUCCUGGAAUAUGGACAUGAGUACGUCUUCCACCAAAGUCUUGAUCUAGAUGUUUCAACUCGUCCUUCAUCCUGCCAAGCUAAAAUAACAUGUUAAAUUCUGUAUGGUGGUAAUUAACUUCCAUCUCUCUGCAGUCUGAGCAGUGUGACGUGAUGAGUGGAGGCAAAAAGCUUCGGAUAGACAAAGACGCGCUGCUGCUUCCUCCUUGUAUCUCGCCCAUACACAACCACAAGGUCUCCAGCACAAAAGAUUCAUUGAAGAAGCAACCUCGCAAGCGGGAGGAUAAGCUGCUACCGCCUCUGCUGUCGCCGCUGUCCGAUGAGCCAGUGGGCCGCCCACGGAGGAGCAGCGAAUGCAGCUCCCUCAGUCAGGAGGGAAACACCUCCACCGUCCCAAUCACCCUCCCCUCCACCCGCACAAUACCUACCUCCACCUCUUCAUCAUCAUCCUCAUCACACAAACACCGCAAAGGAGCGAACAAAUCCUUGUCCCAUUCCAAGAACAGCACUGAGGAAGACAGUCACAGCAAGCCUUCCAGCAGUUUUCACAGCAAUGAUCAGUCGGAGCCAGACCUCUGGUCAAACACUUCAACCCUGUCCAUGGAGCAUAUGGAGCCCAGGAGACCUAAACUCACAUUUAAUAACACGUAUGUAACAGCCAUAUGAUUACUGCGGGUAAUGACUGACGUGUGUGCUUGUGUACUGACGACUGAUCAUGUAGUAUUACAUGUCUUGAACUGUCUUUCAGUCGCAUAGCAGCUCUAUAUAUUUCAGGUUCAUGUUAAUGCACACAAUGGGAUGUGUGUG